CUCUCUCCAUGGACUGAUUUUUUUUUUUUUUUUUUCCUUUUUGUGGGGGGGAGGACAAGCGGCAAAUCAAGGCAUCGCAUUGAGAGGAGCGAAAUUGCAUUUAUAUCUUGUGUUCUGGUGGAUCUGUUUUGAGGUUAAUCUUUUCGGAAAAGAAAACAUGACGUCGCCAGCAAAAUUCAAAAAGGAUAAGGAGAUCAUAGCUGAAUAUGACACUCAAGUUAAAGAGAUCCGUGCCCAAUUGGUAGAGCAGCUGAAAUGCCUUGACCAACAGUGUGAGCUUCGGGUCCAGUUACUGCAGGACUUGCAGGAUUUCUUCCGCAAGAAGGCAGAGAUUGAGAUGGAUUACUCAAGGAAUUUGGAGAAGUUGGCUGAGAGAUUCCUGGCUAAAACUAGGAGCACCAAAGACCAGCAAUUCAAGAAGGAUCAGAAUGUGCUAUCACCAGUCAAUUGCUGGAAUCUCCUGCUAAAUCAAGUGAAGCGGGAGAGCAGAGAUCACACCACCCUAAGUGACAUCUAUCUCAACAACAUCAUCCCACGCUUUGUCCAGGUCAGCGAAGAUUCGGGGCGCCUGUUCAAGAAGAGCAAGGAAGUGGGAUUGCAGCUCCAGGAAGACUUGAUGAAGGUCUUGAAUGAACUCUACACGGUUAUGAAAACCUACCAUAUGUACAACGCUGACAGCAUUAGUGCUCAGAGCAAACUGAAAGAGGCAGAGAAGCAGGAAGAAAAGCAGAUUGGGAAGUCGGUGAAACAAGAGGACAAGCAGACGCCACGCUCCCCUGACUCAACUUCCAACGUCAAGUUUGAAGAAAAACAUGUUCGACGAAGCUCUGUGAAAAAAAUAGAGAAAAUGAAGGAGAAGCGCCAAGCGAAGUACACAGAAAAUAGACUGAAGGCUAUUAAGGCAAGGAACGAGUAUCUGCUAGCUCUGGAAGCCACCAAUGCAUCUGUAUUCAAGUAUUACAUUCAUGACCUGUCUGAUCUCAUUGAUCAGUGUUGUGACCUGGGAUACCACGCUAGCCUCAACAGAGCUCUCAGGACAUUCUUGUCUGCUGAGCUAAACCUGGAGCAGUCAAAGCAUGAGGGUCUGGAUGCCAUUGAAAACGCCGUUGAGAACCUGGAUGCCAACAGUGAUAAGCAGCGCCUGAUGGAGAUGUACAACAAUGUCUUCUGUCCGCCCAUGAAGUUCGAGUUUCAGCCGCAUAUGGGUGAUAUGGAGUCGCAGCUAUGUGCCCAACAACCAGUCCAGAGUGAGUUAGUGCAGAGGUGCCAGCAAUUGCAGUCUAGAUUAUCUACACUUAAGAUUGAAAAUGAAGAGGUUAAGAAGACUAUGGAAGCUACACUCCAGACAAUCCAGGAUAUAGUCACGAUAGAGGACUUUGAUGUCUCUGACUGCUUUCAGUACAGCAACUCUAUGGAGUCUGUUAAAUCCACUGUCUCAGAAACGUUCAUGAGCAAACCAAGCAUUGCCAAGAGACGGGCCAACCAGCAGGAGACAGAGCAGUUCUAUUUCACAAAAAUGAAGGAGUAUCUGGAAGGCAGGAACCUGAUAACGAAGCUCCAAGCCAAACACGACCUUCUUCAGAAGACGCUGGGAGAAAGUCAACGGACCGACUGCUCCCUUGCCAGCGGCAGGCGCAGCUCCACCGUAAGGAAGCAGGAUUCCUCACAAGCCAUUCCCCUGGUCGUGGAGAGCUGCAUACGAUUCAUUAGCAGGCAUGGUUUGCAGCAUGAAGGAAUAUUCAGAGUGUCUGGAUCACAAGUUGAAGUGAAUGACAUAAAAAAUGCAUUUGAGAGAGGGGAAGAUCCAUUGGCUGGGGACCAGAAUGACCAUGACAUGGAUUCAAUAGCAGGAGUUCUGAAGCUCUAUUUUCGAGGGUUGGAGCACCCUCUCUUCCCCAAGGAUAUCUUUCAUGAUCUGAUUGCCUGUGUCACAAUGGAUAAUUUACAAGAGAGAGCACUCCACAUCCGGAAGGUGCUUCUGAACCUGCCGAAGACCACUCUGAUUGUAAUGAGAUACCUCUUUGCAUUCCUCAAUCAUUUAUCUCAGUUCAGUGAAGAGAACAUGAUGGAUCCCUACAAUUUAGCCAUCUGCUUUGGGCCAACACUGAUGUCUGUGCCUGAAGGUCAUGAUCAAGUCUCUUGCCAAGCUCAUGUCAAUGAAUUGAUCAAAACGAUCAUCAUCCAACAUGAGAACAUCUUCCCAGGACCAAGGGAGCUGGAGGGUCCAGUCUAUAGCAGAGGUGGAAACACCGAGGAUUAUUGUGAAAGUCCUCAUGGAGAGAGAGCCUCAACAGAAGACUCGGUUCAGGAUGUUACAGCUGAACACCACACCAGUGAUGAUGAGUGUGAGCCCAUAGAAGCAAUAGCGAAGUUCGACUACAUUGGCAGGACUGCACGAGAGCUGUCCUUUAAAAAAGGAGCUUCUCUCUUACUCUAUCAGCGGGCCUCAGAUGACUGGUGGGAGGGACGCCACAAUGGAAUUGACGGCCUUAUUCCUCAUCAGUAUAUCGUCGUUCAAGACACUGAGGAUGGUGCCUCUGAAAGAUCCAGUCCGAAGUCUGAAAUAGAAAUAAAUUCUGAGCCACCGGAAGAAAAAGUGACUGCUAGAGCUGGUGCCAGUUGCCCAAGCGGGGGUCACGUCGCAGAUAUUUACCUUGCAAACAUCAACAAGCAAAGAAAGAAACCAGAGUCAGGCAGCAUCAGAAGAGCCUUCCGUCAAAGUGACAGCCAUGGACUAGGUAGUUCAAUGGCAGAACCAGCCUCCCCAGGAGCCAUAGCCGGUUCCAGACCCUCAUCUCAGCCCAUUAUGAGCCAAAGUCUUCCCAAGGAGGUUCCAGAUAAAUGCUCCAUCAGUGGCCACGGCAGCCUCAAUUCUAUCAGCCGACACUCGUCUCUGAAGAACAGGAUAGACAGCCCACAGAUCCGGAAAACUGUGACAGCAGGGAGGUCCAAGAGCUUCAACAACCAUCGGCCCAUGGACCCUGAAGUUAUUGCACAGGAUAUUGAAGCUACUAUGAACUCUGCUCUGAACGAGCUGCGGGAGCUGGAAAGGCAAAGCAGCGUAAAGCACACGCCAGAUGUUGUCCUCGACACCCUGGAGCCUUUGAAAACGUCUCCAGUGGUGGCCCCCACCUCGGAACCUUCCAGCCCUCUGCACACUCAGAUCCUCAAGGACACUGAACCAGCUUUCCAGCGCAGCGCUAGCACAGCCGGCGACAUACCGUGCACCUUCAGGCCAGUGAAGUCGGUCAAAAUGGCCACCCAGGUGAAACCUCCGGCGACUCGGCCGAAGCCUACAGUUUUCCCCAAAACAAACGCCACGAGCCCCGGCGUUGCCUCCUCUGCAUCUCAGCAGCCUACUGACAAGUCCUGUACUGUCUGAUAAACUUGAUGCUGCUCUGUGGAUAUAACUGUAUUGUUUCAGAUGAAGAGACUCUUAAAGACAUUAAAAUGCCUAUUUAACUAAUUUUUGAACUUCUGCUGAAGGUUAGUUGUGAACUGCUACUUACUGCUGGGAGCACUUCCUGGGAGUGAACUAAGUGGUAACAGCCUCGUCCCAUGUACCCGCAUCAGUGAUGUUCGUAAGGCAAAACAGUUCGUGCCACGCUUAGGAAAUCCGAUAUCGGGUCACUGUGAAGCUGAGGAGGAAAACACACAAAAAGCGAUGAGCUGGAUCUUGGUUUCUAGUUGAUGCCUUGUUCAAGUGUUUGGCCACUGAAAGAAAUACUUAGUGGCAUCAUGUUUUGCUUACUGGUGUAGUGACUUCUAUAUUCUGUGUUUCGUUUAUCACAGGGAAACAAUAGGAUAGAUUUUAGUCUAUUGCAUGUUUUGGUGCCACUGGUUAUGUGGAGCUUGGACAUGCCUGUUUCUUGUGCAUUAUUAUUAUUAUUACGUCGCCCGCUGGUGCCACGGUGGUUAAGGGUCUGUCUCGACUUCCAUCACAUCCUCUGGUUUUGUUUGUUUGCUCCCCCAUUCCUUCCCCCAGGGCCAAAGCUCUUGGCCAUCCAGCCUCAUCCUUUAGUCGACACUUGUCAUGAAAAAUAGUUUACUCUGGAACACUCUUAGAUUUUGUGGAGUUAUACGUAAUAUGUGUCUGUGCAAAUAUAAACAAACAUGUUCCUGAGGUUUAGGAGCAUAAGAAAGAGCCCAGUUGUUCCUUAUGGACAAUCUAGCUGUUUUCCCCCUUUGCUCUCCCAUAUUUAAAAACAGCUUUAUUGUUUUUCAGUGUAAUUUUCAGCCUGUAGGCUAUGAUGUGGUGUGUGGUCUCGGGAGACUGAAUGUAAAAACAAGUUAACUUUUGAAAACUAAGCGUACUCUGAUGGGAGUUCAUUUACUAACGCACACAUUCUUGUUUUGAUCAUGUAUCAAGAUGGAUCCUUACCAAAAUCCCAGUUACAAGCACUGAAAAAAUUCAAUCAGAAGUUCUCAAGCUUUGUAUCUUCUCCCUCUUUCUGGUUGCAAAUGCUUCGGUCGGUGGCUGUGACCGCUGUGAACUGCUUUAGGGAUCUCCGCUCUUAUAGAGUGGUGUAGGAAACGCUGCUGGGGACGGUGACGUGACAGCGUGCAGCUUCUGGAGUGGCUUCCCUACGUGUUCGUUGGUAGACUGGCAUGCCUCCAUAGGACUCCGCAGACAUGUGAAUGAAUUCUUAGUAUUUGUAUUUAUAUGGUAGGCAGCAAAUGCUUCAGCCGCUAGCAGGCUGCAUGAACUCUUUUGUACUCUACUGAGAAUUUUCCACAAUGCUAACAUUUAUUUAAUUUAAAAAAAAAAAAAAAAGGCUUGUGCCACUUACAACGGUAAAGAAGAUCCUGCAGUCCUGCAAGAGAGGAGACUCUGGCUGACCCUCAGUUCACCUUGUUCCCAAACUUUUCUGGGAUUUAAAAAAAAGCUGCAUAUCUUAUGUUUUCAUCAAAUAAAUUCAGGCAAGGACAAGGAUAAGAAAAGUAAUUUUUCUCUCCCGUUUAGCUGAGUUUCUUUUAAAUUUGUGGGUUUCUCACACUUAGCUUCCUUGUGACUGCAAUGUCGUUUUAAUCAGCACUUAGUAAUUAAAAGAGAAGAAACAAAACUUACAUUUCUAAGAACAGUUUCUGAAAUGUACUUUUCUGAUUCAUUUAGGAUGUUGCUCGGAGAAGUGAACAGGGUUCUACUGUGUCCCUGUCCAUCCCCACACGCGCACCCCCAUCUCUACAGAUGUAUUGUAUCCAUAUUAAUGAUGGUUUUUAAAAAGACCAACUUUCUGUGUGCCCUAAAUUAAGAACACGUGAAAAUUGGGGAACACCGGAAAGAUUUCAGUGAGAACACUCCUUAUUAUUUGUUUUUCCUUAGCUGAUCUGUAGCAGCAGUUCCCCUCGGGAAGCACUGCGGUACGUGUGUGACUGUCACUGGACCUUACCCUGUUCCUCUCGCAGGGGAAGAUCCCCAACAGUGUGACCAGCGACCUUUGCUCUCAGGUUCUGAUGGACUUCUACCACCAAGGAAUCACUUGUUCUUUUGGGGAAAAAUAGAAUUAAACUUGUAAUUUUUUGCUCAGGCAGAACUUUCUGGCAUUUACUUUUAAGUAGGGAGGUUUUGGUUUUGUUUUCUUUUUGGUCGUGAACGACCAAAGUUAAUCUGUGUCAAGAGCAGGAUCUCUGUAAAUUUACUUCGACUCAUUUGUAAUGCCUUAUUUUCUUUAUAUUUUUAUGCCUAGCAUUCAUGUUUCUAAGAAUAAGUGUCCAGCCAUGCACAGCACAUUUGGAGGAGAUGCUCUUUUCUAUC